AUGGCCAAAGAUAAGAAGAAAAACAACGACGCCAAGAAGGCGAAAAAGGCCGAGAAGGCAGCCAAGCAGGCCAGCAAGGGCGAGAAAAAAGUCAAGAACAAGACUGCCAAGCUGGAGGGCAGUGAUGCUGAGGAUGUCGACUUGGAUGAGGUGCUGGAAGAGUAUCGCCGCCAGCAGGAGCAGUUUCUGAAGAUCACAGAGACGGUUGUCGAUGGACCUCCGAAGCCUCGAGCGGCAUCAACCAUUAUGGCCUCCCCUCAUGAGAGCAACAGUCUGCUUUUGUUUGGAGGAGAGUAUUUCAACGGAUCGAUUGCGCAGUUCUACAAUGACCUGCACAUAUACAACAUCAACCGUGAUGAGUGGCGCUGUGUGACUUCCCCCAACGCACCGCUGCCACGGUCUGGCCAUGCCUGGACAAGAUCCUCGAACCCGAAUUAUGUGUAUCUUUUUGGAGGAGAGUUCUCAUCGCCAAAGCAGGGCACUUUCCACCAUUAUUCUGACUUCUGGAGGUUGGAGCCUGCGACAAGGGAAUGGACCAAGAUCGAGGUCAAGGGCAAGGAUAAGAGCCCACCAGCGCGAAGUGGCCACCGGAUGACUUAUUGGAAACAGUACAUUAUCCUGUUUGGAGGCUUCCAGGACACAUCAAACCAGACCAAGUAUCUGGCCGACUUGUGGAUAUUUGACACUGUCAACUAUGUCUGGCAUUGCCCCGUUCUCCCGCCCGCCCAGCUCAAGCCUGAUGCCCGCUCUUCCUUUACCUUCCUGCCAUCUGAGCAGGGCGCUUCUCUUUUCGGAGGCUACUCAAGGGUCAAGGCCACGAAGAACGUCCUCAUACCCAAGGUUCACGAGGAUUGCUUCUUCCUUAGAAUGUCUCUCCCCCCAACCGACGCGAAUGCGAAUACACCACCCGCCGUUAGAUGGGAAAAGCGAAAGAAGCCAGCAAAUGCACCUACCCCUGUUCGCGCUGGCGCUACAAUGGCAUACCACAAGGGCCGUGGCAUCCUGUUUGGCGGUGUUCACGACGUUGAGCAAAGCGAAGAGGGUAUGGACAGCGAGUUUUUCAACCAGCUCUUCGCGUGGAACAUCGAGAGAAACAGAUUCAUGCCUCUCGUUUCACGUAAACCCCGCCAACAGAAGAAGAAUGCACCCGAGCAGCGAGUUGGCAGACGUGGCCGUGCCCAGGCAAACGAGGAGGAGCUCCUAAAACAACUAGCGGCACUGCAAGCUGGAACCUCGUUGGAGGAUAUUGACGAUAUCGAGCUUGAGAAGAUGCUCGCCGAGCCAGAGGAGGAAGAAAAGCCCGCUAGGGAGAUGCCUGUGUCCAUGGAGCCGCCGCACAUGCGCUUCAACGCCCAACUGACGGUUCAGAACGACGUGCUCUUCAUUUAUGGUGGUACUUAUGAAAAGGGGGACCGGGAGUUUACAUUCGAUGAUCUCUAUGCCAUUGAUCUGGUGAAACUAGAUGGAUACAAGGAGAUCUUCAACAAGCCCGUCGAAGACUGGAUUGAGUCUGAGGAUGAGGAUGAGGAGGACGAAGAUGAGGAAGAUGAAGAUGAGGAGGAGGAUGAAGAUGAGGAAGAUGAUCAGGAGGAGCCGGAGCAGCAGAUCCGCUCAGAAAGCAAGCGCAAGAAGAAGCAAGACGAAGUAUCAGAGGUGUCUUCCGAGGCACCUACACCGUCAAUUACGUCGGAAGAAGAAGAAACCGAAACAACCGCCACAUCGGUCGACGAUGGCCUGCCACACCCAAGACCUUUCGAAUCUCGCCGCGAAUUCUUCGUCCGCACUUCCGCAGAGUGGCAGGAGAUCCUCAUGACCAACCUCCGGUGGAAGAACAUCCAGCCAGAGACGCUCGCCAUCAAGGAGAUCAAGGCCAAGGCGUUUGAGCUCAGCGAGGAGAAGUGGUGGGACUGCCGCGAGGAAAUCACGGCGUUGGAGGAGGAGCAGGAGGCGGCGGGCAUUCAAGAGGUGGUCAGUCUUGCGGAGAGGGGAGACGCCGGCGCUGUUGGGGGUGCAAGGAGGAGGUGA